CUACCAUCCAGGAAGUUGCUUGCCGUCUCUAGGCUUGGCCGGGCAGGAUGUUGUCCUCAACAAAGUAGACUUAUCCCGCGGAUUGCCCACUCCAUCAAUGGCAUUGCAAGACUGACUGUCUUUUAGUUGUCGUCGUUCGAUUAAAACACACGCACAUACUUGCCUGUUCAACUUAGUCCAAAAUGGCUCCUGGAUAAAAAGAAGGUUCCAGAAGCACCGUGGACUACAGGGUUGCGAGUGCGUGGAGCUGAGCGGCCUGCUGUCGCGAAGAAAGCUUAGCAGCAGCCGGUGAGGACGCACAGCAAGUCGCCGGCCAUUGUGUACAUGCACAACAACAACAACAACAACAGCAACAAAAUCACACUUCUCCUUCAAUUAACACUUGGUUCCCCCCUUCCCCGUUACUCUUCCUGAUUGUGUUUCAAGAGAGGUAAGACCACUAUCAUCGCCAAGAUAGCUGGGCCAGGCAGAAAGCGGCACACCUCAGAUCCAGACCCCAGCAGCGACAGUGAAUCCGGCGACGGGCGGCCCCUUAGCGCCAAGUGUCUGAAGAUGUCCAGCGGUGGUGGUAAUGGAGCCGGGGGCCGACGCAGCGGGGCUCCGAAUCAACAGAGGAGAGGAGGUGACCACGGGUCAGAGUUAUCCUCCAGUGCCAGUAAGAAGAAGCAGAAAGACAGGGCUAACCAGGAGUCCAGAGAGGCCAAGAGAGCAGCUGCUUCUGCAGGAGUAGAUGGAGUCCUUGCCGAGGUCCAAAAAGAUGUGUUUGUGGAUUGGAAACAAAAUGCCAAUGAAGUGAUCAUCAAGUUGCGCUGUGGGGAAAGUGUGCAGAAGAUUGAGGAUGUCAACACAACCUUCACUGAUACACACUGCCAUGUGCGAUUUGCAGAUGGCCGUGAGUGGAGCUGCCAAUUGCAAGAGGAAAUAGAGGCCUCUUGUAGUAGAGUGCAAUACAAAGAGAAAGGAGGAUUUCUGUUGCUCAUCCUCCACAAGAAGAUCCCUAUACACAUUUGGCCUUCACUAAAAUCCAACAAGAAGGAGAAGGAGGUGGGACCUAUCGAGAUAAAAAAUGUCAAGGUGCCAGAAUUAAGGUCUGUAGCCUCCGAGUCAUCAGAGCGUCUCAAGUCGUCCUCCCCGCUGGGACAGCAUCAAUCCCAGGCUCCCUCCCUCCCCUCUCGCAACGCAUCAAGAUGCAGCAGCAGCACUAAAGCUGAACGUGCUGUCAAGCGUCAUCUGAAACACAAAACCUCCAUGGACUCUUUGGCGGCGACUUCAAGUGAUGGGGACGGCAGAGGUGCUUCACCUAAGCCUGUCCCCAUUAAGAAAGGCAACCAGCAGUCCCAAGAGCCCAGUGCGAAGCGCACCAGUGCACAUCUUCCUAGGAACUCCAAGGAGGACAAGUCUUCUACUGAUAGAGGCAUAGACUCAUCCCAGACUAGGACUUGUCAUGCACACCUGCCAGCCGUAGAGCUCCCUCAAAUGCCACACAGAGAUAGAGACAAGAGUAUGGAAAGAUUACUUAGUGAACAUGUGCAUGGGAGCACUGUUGCUAACAAGAUUCAGGAGGCAGAUAAACCGUAUGACUCCCCAGACACACAGUACAGAGGCGCUGAAACCGGGGAAAGUGAAAACCAACCAGCUGUUCCUAUAAGCACAGGUGGCUCCCUGAAAAGUUUAGACUUCAACAACUCUCUUGACUCAGCCUCUCUAGAAAAGAGCUCAGACGUAACAGGCGUCAAGCCAGACAAAAUGACUCAGCAUCACGAACCGGUGGAAGAUACCCAAACUUACCAGCAGCCUGUUUCAAAAGGAGUCGCCUCUGCGUCCUCUCAAGAUGUGUCUGCCGAACAAGGCCCAUCGACAGGUCUGAGGCAGAUUCACAGUAGCUCUGAUGGAGAGGAGAAGUGUGACCAGUCCAAAGAGGAUCCAACCCUCAUAAAGCAACAGGAAGUGCCAGAGUCGAUGGUAAACCUGCAGUUUGUGAAGAGUGACUCGUAUGAGAAAGGCACAGACUUGAUGGUAGUGAACGUCUACAUGAAGGGCAUCUGCAGGAACACAUCCAGGGUCAUUUUCAGGGAGCAGGAUUUCACCCUCAUCUUCCAGACAAGUGAUGCUAACUUUCUUCGGCUUCACCCGGACUGUGGACCAAACACGGUUUUCAAGUGGCAAGUAAAACUCAGGAACUUGAUACAGCCUGAGCUGUGCUCCUACUCCUUCACUGUAUCCCGAGUGGACAUUAGCCUGAAGAAGAGACACAGCCAACGCUGGGAGGGUCUAGAGGCCCCUGCCACACAAGGUGCAGUGGGUGGCGCCAAGGUGGCUGUGCCCUCGAGCCCCACCUGCACAGAAAAGAGCCAACCAGGCAGCAGCCAGCACAGCAUGCCGACCAAGGAGGAGCCCCCAAGGGUCGGUGAAGAGAAACCCAAGGCCCCUAAAGCCCCACCCCGAGUGGAGGAUAGUGGUUUGGAAACUGUAGUUCCUCGUACAGUCUCUGACCAUGAUGCCAUCACCAACGCAGAGCCCACUGUUAUGACGCCUAAGCCGACUUGCAUGGUGCAGCCCAUGACCCAUGCACCCCCUGCCAGCAAUGAGCACCUUGAAGAAGAAGAGGAGAAAAAAGUGUGCCCGCCUGGUUUCACAGGAUUGGUCAAUCUCGGAAACACCUGCUUCAUGAACAGUGUCAUUCAAUCCUUGUCCAACACCAGAGAACUACGGGAUUACUUUCAUGAUCGGGCGUUCAAGUCUGAAAUCAACUGCAAUAAUCCGCUGGGAACAGGAGGUCGCCUAGCCAAUGGCUUUGCGGUGCUGCUCAGGGCCCUUUGGAAAGGAACACACCAUGCCUUUCAGCCCUCAAAGCUCAAGGCAAUUGUGGCCAGUAAAGCCAAUCAGUUUACAGGCUAUGCCCAGCAUGAUGCCCAGGAGUUCAUGGCCUUUUUGCUCGAUGGCCUCCAUGAGGACUUGAAUCGCAUUCAGAAUAAGCCAUACACGGAGACGGUGGACUCCGAUGGUCGCUUGGACGAGGUGGUGGCAGAGGAGGCAUGGCAGAGGCACAAGAUGAGAAAUGACUCAUUCAUAGUGGACCUCUUCCAAGGCCAGUUUAAAUCCAAGCUUGUCUGUCCCACGUGCUCCAAGGUGUCCAUAACAUUUGACCCCUUCCUAUACUUGCCCGUCCCAUUGCCACAGAAACAAAAGGUGCUCUCAGUUUUCUUCUUUGCCAAGGAACCGCAUAAGAAACCCAUAAAGUUUUUGGUGAGUGUGAGUAAAGAGAACUCCAGCACUGCAGAAGUCCUUGAGUCCAUCUCCAGGAGUGUUAGGGUCAAGCCUGAGAAUCUCAGACUCGCGGAGGUGGGGAAGAACUGCUUCCAGCGAAUGUUUUUGCCCUCUCAUUCCCUGGACACUGUGUCAUCCUCAGACAUGUUAUUCUGCUUCGAGGUGCUUUCCAAAGAUCUGGUCAAGGAGCGAGUAGUGUUGCUCCGAGUGCAGCAGAGACUACAGGUUCCCAACAUCCCCAUCUCAAAGUGUGCCUCCUGCCUAAAGCCUCCAGUGUCUGAGGAAGACAAACUAAAGCGUUGCACUCGCUGUUACAGUGUUGGCUACUGCAAUCAACUGUGUCAAAAGAACCAUUGGCCCAAUCACAAAGGUCAGUGUCGACCCAACACUGAAAAUGUGGGUCUGCCAUUUUUGGUUAGUGUACCCAAGUCCCGGCUCUCCUAUAGCCGCCUCACUCAGCUUCUCCAUGGCUACUCCAGGUUUUCAGUCAAUGUGUUCCAGCCCCCUUUGCAGUCAGGGAGGACAUCCCCUGAAAUAGCCCCAGUUCUUUUGACAACACCAGUAGGUUCUAUAGGUGGCCCUGGGUCAGGAGAUGAGGCCAUGGCUGGAAGCAGUACUGUAGCACUAGGUGACUGUGGACCUGAAAUUGGCGGGCCGACACUUGACUCCUCUAAGCUACACACCUUUACCUCAGCCCAUGUUUCCGGCGAUGCUGUUCCACUUACGUCUCACUCCACCACAAAGACUUCAGACUCCGGGUUCUCAGAGUCCAUCUCCUCUACUUCCUGCUGUUCUCUGGACACCCACACUGAAAAAGAAACCUCUUGUGAGAAGGCAGUACGACCGGAAGCUGCAAUAGCAGGGUAUCAGCAACCUAAUGAUCCAUCUUCAGGGCAUGCUGGUCAGUUCUACAUCAAUUUGCUGGAUUCUAACAACAAGGAGCAGCGGCUGGAUGAAAAAGAGGACAUUCUGGUCGAUCUCCCUGAUGAUGCAACUGUGGAGCUGGUGUGGAAAAACAACGAGCGUCUAAAGGAGUAUGUCCUGGUGAGCUCAAAGGAGCUGGAGUAUGAGGAAGAUCCUAGUUCCUUGAGUGAGACAGCCAGGGCAGGGCACUUCACCCUGGAGCAGUGCCUCAACCUCUUCACCAAGCCAGAGGUGUUGGCACCAGAAGAGGCAUGGUAUUGCCCCAAGUGCCAGCAGCACCGUGAAGCCUCCAAACAACUGCUUCUGUGGCGGCUUCCCAAUAUUUUGAUCAUACAACUGAAACGCUUCAGUUUCCGGAGUUUCAUCUGGAGAGACAAAAUUAACGACAUGGUCGACUUUCCUGUCAGAAAUCUGGAUCUGAGUAAGUUCUGUAUUGGUCAGAAGGACGAGAUGCAGCAUCCACCUAUCUACGACUUGUAUGCGGUCAUCAACCACUAUGGGGGCAUGAUCGGCGGCCACUACACCGCCUACGCUCGGCUGCCAAGUGACAGAAACAGCCAGCGUAGUGACGUUGGCUGGCGCCUGUUUGAUGACAGCACUGUAACGAUGGUGGAGGAGAGCCAAGUGGUGAUGCGAUAUGCCUAUGUCCUUUUCUACCGCCGCCGAAAUUCCCCCGUGGAGAGGCCGCCACGUUUCCUCAGGCCCGUUGGAGCAGACUCUCCCCCUGCAAUGGGAGCCACUGCCAGUCAGGCCUCUCUAAUAUGGCGGGAACUGGAAGAAGACGAGGAGGGUCUUGAUGAAGGCCCACGCAGACCUUUCCUCUCUGGGCUGCGACGGCGACAAGCCCAAAGGACAAGAGAUGAGGCCAGAGCAGAAGGGCACCAUCAACGCGUGGGGAGGAUGCCAGAUUGUCCCGACGACGAUCGUGUGCGAUAUUUUGUUCUGGGAACCCUGGCUGCCGUCUUUGCCCUUUUGGUCAACUUGGUCUACCCACUUCUUUACAAAUCAAACUGGACCUGAGUCACAGCUGGUUGAUGAAUUGCUCAGGAGUUACGCUUGGAAACUAACGGUUGAUUGGGUGGGAUCAAUCUCAGUUUUCUUAGUACAUUGGACUCUCCUGGUAUUCGGAAAAUAUAGGAAAACCUGAUCAGGAAGGAGAACAAGAAUGCAGAACCUGAGACGUUGGUGAAACGAAACAAAUCAACUUCGUAUCAGCUGUUCUCCCUCGCAUCCCCUGUCCUUAUUUUAGUCAUUCAUUUUAUCAUAUGAUAAUAACCCAGCCGCCUGCUAAAAGGUAUACAUUUUAUUACGUUUUGAUUCCAAAUUGCUGCAAAAUCAAGUUUUGAUUUUGUAAUAUCUGAUAGAUCCCAAUUUUUAGUGUCUCAGACACUUACAGGCAUUGUCCCGUCACCAAUUGUUAAAUGCGUACGGUGUGAUGUCACUCCAUUUACUGAGCUGACACAGCUAUUGCAAUCCCGUGUUGGACAAGCAAGCCCGAUCAGGAGUUACCUGGUCCGAACACUGAACUGGUAACAAUAAUGAAAGAAAAUAAAUACUGACUUAAUGGGAGAAUAAGCCCCUUAGUGAUUAUAAGAUGCAAUAUUCAUCAUGGUAGCUGCACUGCACAUUACUUUGUAUCACUUAUGUUAGGUUUGUUUUUGAAAAUUUGCUGUGCUAAAACUUUAGAACAUAUGCUAUACUACAUUUAACCAUAGCAAUAGCAAAUUCUGAUCCAUGAAAUAAAUUCCGGUUUCUAUGUUUCUUUUGGUGAAAAUUCAAAAUCAUAAUCCAGAUCAAUCAAAGGUUGACUUUGUUCUGAUGGUCCGCUCUACCUAUGCAUCUGUCAACCCUUUAAACACAGAAGCUCAAGUAGAAUAUGUAAUAACAAUUUGGAUUGUUUAACUGUCGAACCAGUAAGGUGAAUGUUAGGUCUGAAUGUGAGCAUGACUUGACUGACUUUCCUUUGCAUUUAAUACUAGAUGGUAAUGCUAGAUACAAAACAUACUAAGUGGUUCAAGUCUUAUGAUUGAGUUUUGAAUGGUUGAGCAACCUAACAUGAGGAUUUCACUCAAGAAAUACACAUUGCUUUCGCGUGAUGUACAAUGUUCAGUUCUUCAACAUGUCCUCUAGUGCCCUAUUUGAAGUGUUUUACUGUUGCUAUAAUUUGGUCCUUUUUGGUUUUUUUUUACUUUAUUCCUCUCUCUUUUUCCUGCAAAUGUGUUACGUUCUAUCUUCAUUUUAAGCCAUAGUCUGUUGGGUUUUAGUUGGGUUUGUUGUCUUUCAUUUUUAAAACCCUCCGCCAGUACUUACAUAAGAUAUGUGAUAGCUUCAAGGUAAGGAGCACGUUGGGGUGUAUAACAUUUGGUUUAGUUUUGUUAAUUUUGUAAUACUGUGUGAAUAUAUUUUAGAAUUGCAAAUAGCCGUUUUUAAAUGUGUAGUAGGACAAAUGCACAUUUGAAGUCUUAAUGUUGGCUGCUGUGGUGAUUAUGAUAUUAUAUUGAAAAGCAUAUCUCAGGGAUUUUCCACUGCAACCUUCCUGUUUCCCUUAGUCCGUAUAGAAUUCUACAGUAUAUCGCUGCGAUGGUAUUGAUUGAUUUCUGUGAUGUGUACUCAGUAAAGACAGAAGUUAUUAGUUUCCCCGCAAGAAUGUAUCGAAGGUCCUUUAUCCAAACGUUGCUUGCUAAUGACUUCUUUUUUAUGUUUGGAAAUAAUAAAAAGAAAAGCUGUAGCUUGUCUUCGAA